AUGCCUCAAAAGUCUACACUCGCGGCUCUCUGCAGCCUAGCACCCUUCGUCUCCGGUGCGCUUUAUGACACGGUUAUCGAAACCAAAUAUGGUAGUGUCCAGGGUUAUCCAGCCUUCAACAGCACCAGUACUGGGAAUCUGACGCACUGGAAGGAUAUUGCUGUGUGGAAAGGCAUCCCUUUUGCGGCUACCACCGGAGGACAGAACCGGUGGAAGGCCCCCCAGCCAGCGAGUGCGUGGAAUGGUACCUUGGAUGCUAAGAAUUGGGGUAAUGUCUGCCCAUCAGCCACCACAGGCGACAAUGAGUACACCAUCGAUGAGGAUUGCCUAAACCUGAACAUCUGGAGUCCCGCCAAUACGACCGACGCCAGGCUUCCUGUCGUGAUGUGGAGUUAUCCAGCUGACUCAACUGCCGCAGACAGUUUAUUUGACGGUGGUGGCAUGGCUGACCAGGGCAUCGUCUUUGUCAACUACAACUACCGUACUGGAUCUUUCGGCUGGAUGGCUUCUCCAGAGCUCAGUGAAGAAUUUCAAAUGGUCACCGGACAUAAUAGCUCUGGCAAUUGGGGCAUGUUAGAUCAAUUCGCUGCCCUAAAGUGGAUUAAGGCCAACAUUGCUGAUUUCGGUGGCAACCCUAACCAUGUUACUGUGAUGGGUCAAUCUGCGGGAUCUGCUGCGACCCAGCAUAUUCUCAAUAGCCCAUUGACGAAAGGAUUGAUCAAGGGUGCUAUUAUCGAGAGUGGUGUUCGAGAUCCGCAAGAUCCCGAAGCGGUGAGUCUUGCUGAGGCCUACCGAACACUUGAUGUCUCAUAUGCGACGGCGAAGUCGUAUAUGGCUAGUUUGAACGUGUCUACUAUUGCCAAGGCACGCCAGUUACCCAUGGAGGACCUAGUCACGAACUUCCUUACCUCGGACUUUACCUUUUCCGCCACGCUUGAUUACUACGCUAUGCCCGAUACCUAUUACAACACUCUGGUCAAGAAACUGGCUAGCGAUGUGCCAGUAAUCACUGGUAAUACUAAAGAUGAGAGUGGUGCUUCAUAUGGACUAAAUAUCACACUGGAAACAUACUACAACGAUGUCAAUGAGACCUAUGAUGGCGUCUGGGUUGAUCGCUUCCUUGAUUUCUACCCGGCUAAUGAUUCCAUUACUGCGUCUGGAGCUGAGAAUUCUCAGUAUACCGACCGUUCUAAGAUCGGCACAUGGCUAUGGUCUCAGAUGUGGAAUGAACACUACGAUAGCCCUGUUUACAACUAUUUCUGGGACCAUGCCCCUCCAGGCCAGGACCAGGGUGCUUAUCAUGAGUCAGAGAUUAACUAUGUGUUGAAUAACCUGUACGCCACUGAUAAGCCCUGGACACCCGAGGAUUAUGCGAUUGCCAAGGAUAUGAACGCUUAUUGGGCUAAUUUUAUCAAGACCGGCAACCCUAAUGGCAGGGGACUGGUUUCUUGGCCUGCCGUCAACUCAAGUGAGCUUGUUCAACACGUCGGUGAUGGGUGGGGGCAGAUUCCGGUUGCUUGGAGCAGGAAAGUUGGUCUAUUCAAAUCAUGGUUCGCUACGUUGAAGAAGUACUAA